AGUGAAAUCUCAUUGGUCUACAGCCCUUCUUUGUAUAGCUCUUUUUUUUACUGUGUUAGCUGAUGCAUCUUGUUUUUUUUGCCCUAUCCCCUUUGCUGCUGUACACUGCAAAUUUCCCCACUGUGGGACUAAUAAAGGAAUAUCUUAUUUUAUCUUAUCACAUGGUUAAGAUCACAUCUGCCUGUUUUACACUCUUUGACCACCAGGUGGUUUAGUGUGCCACAUGAAGCCUCCAGAAAUGAACCCAAUUUGCUGGAAACCUUCAAUGCUUCAUGCAGCUUCAGCUCGCCAUCACUACCUUUCAGCAUUUGCAACAUGGCACGUGUCUGCACCAUAUUUUUUUUACUCUGUGUAACAUGUUUGCUGCUAAGUGGAGUUGUUGAGAGCGUGUCUGAGGUGUGCAGAGGAGCGCGCUGCUUCUCUUCUGGUCAGGACUGGAGAGGACCGUGCGUCGGAGCGCACUGCCAGGAGCGCACAAAGGAGACAGCAGCAGCUUCCAGACGACAGUUCCACCACUCUGCACAAUCCAGACAAGCACAAGUCUAUCCAAGUUACCAACAGGAUGCUCAUUUCAGUCACCACCAAGCCCAGAGUGCACCAUUAGCUCCAUACACCAUCAUCCAGCCCCAGCAUGGAGGUUUUACGCAGCCAGAUGGCACAGAUGGCACCAGGAGGACGAACCCUCGGACCAUCACUGCGGAGGUGUUCCAUCCAGGCUGCGCCGGUGGAACCUGUCCGACUACAGGCUCUCAUCAUCAUCAUCAGCGUGCAACGAGUGAUGACACUGCAGCGCAAAGGGACUGCAAAGGGAUUGAAUGUAAACUUCCCCACAGGAUGCGCCAGAAGCCCAGUAAGCCAUGUGUUGGAGACGGUUGCAGUAUGCAUGCUGGAGACGACUCAUCACCGGUUCAUGUGACCGACAGAGCGGCGCAGUUCUUGGAUGAGCUGCCAGACUUUGGGUCGGAACGUGGCGCGUGGAUACAGCUGACAUGUGACAUGAAACCAGGGACCAAUGAGCUCCCCUCAGAGGACGCUCUUGUGCUGCAGCUGCAGCUGUCCAAGAGCCAGGAGAAGCUGGUUGAGGCCCUCAGGGGCCAGCAGGACGAGGUCAAGGAGCUGCAGAGGCUCCUCAGUGAGCAGCAGGGGACGCUGGUCAACCAGCAGAGAGAGAUACUGGAGCAACAGACGAGGAUGUAUGAACAGAUGGAGCAAGUUAAAGCCCAGUACAACAUAAUGAUGGACAGCAUCAAACAGACGUCUCUCCAGAACAUCCAGGGGGAGCUAGACAGCCACAUGGAAACCAUGAGCGGGCAGGUCAGAGCCCACCAAGCACAGCAGGCUCUCUCUCUGCACAAGGUUGACAUGGAGGCCAGCGUGAUGGAGGUGGGGCGCUCCCUGUUGACCUGUGGGAGCUGCGGUCCUGAGGAGUACUGCGGCUUCAGCAGCGGUCACCCUCGCUGUGAGAAGUGUACCAUCUGUCCUGCAGGCUUCUUCCUGGUUGCUCAGUGUUCAGUCCACGCAGACAGAAUCUGCCAGGACAGAGAUGAAUGCCUUGAAAUAGGUGAUCUGUGUGGAGAUCGACAGAGGUGUCUCAAUACUCCAGGUGGAUUCAGGUGCCAGGGCAUGACGGAGCGAGAAGUCAACUCAGGAUUGUGCGGCCACGGCUACUUCUUCAACUCGGACAUGGACGAGUGUCAGGCCUGUUACGAGUGCGACGGAGAACCCGUGACUUCACCUUGUACCUUCACCGCGGACACCGUCUGCACCGGCCCUGCUGCUGCUGCUGGCGACAGCGCCCUCUCUCUGGCCUGGGCGGGAGACGUGAGCCUGACUGGCACAAAAGGUAAAGUCCUGGCUCACGCCUUCCCUAGCGUGCAGCUCUACAUCGAGGGAAGAGGCGACGCGAGCCUCCUGUCCGCCGAGGACGGCCGCCUGUUGCUCAGGCAGCACGGUCUGGUCUGGCUGGAUGAGAACCUCUCGGUGAGCCACGGCUGUCGCAGCUUCAUCCAGUUGUGUCUGCGUAUUAACAGCACGGACGGCUCAGAAGGUCGCGACCUCAGCGGCGUUAGGAUCGAGCAGCGGGAGGGGAGGUCGCUCCAGAGCGUCAGCAUCAGCGGGGUGGCAGAAGUCGCCCCGGAUCACAUGAUCUCCCUCUUGCUCCGGAGCGCCAGCCACCACUGUAACCAAAGCAGUGAAGGUCUGCAGCUGUACAACCCUGCAGCAGCUCCGCUCAGCCUCUUCUGGCUCUCUCAUGACACCGGGGCUGUUGCCAUGACGGCACAGGCCACGGUGUCUGCACACUACCACACAAACUAUCGCCCGGUGUUCCGCACCACCUCCACCUCCGACCCUUACGUGGUGGGGCUGACUCACGAUGGCCGUGGGAUCCGUUUUGCAGAAAGUGGCACCGUGCGUUUUGUAUUUCAGCAGGCGUUGUACUCCAUGGGCCAGGCGUGUGUGAGCGAGGGCUUCCAGCUGCUGGCAUACAUCAACCAUAACGGAACCGGCAUGGAGCUGUGCCGUACCUUCAAACCAGGCGUCCACUAUCGAGACACAUCCUUAUCUCUGUCUGGAGCGGCUAAAGUUGGCUCCGGGGACACGCUGGGCUUUGAGAUCCUCUCUCCUGCUCAGUGCAACGUACGUUUCUUUGGCGAUGAGACGGGCAUCAGCAUCCUCAGCUUGGUUUGGGUCCCCACCGCUCUGUCUUCCUCUCUGUCUGCCUCCGUGUCUCACAACGGCCUUCCCUCGGGAGCAGUUCGAAACAAGCCGUUGUUCUUCCGCCAGACCAGUGCUCAGGUGUCCCAGAUGGGGCUGCUGGGGAAGGGAUUCACCGAUCAGAGACGAGAUUUUGUCUUCAGGGAGAGCGGCACGGCCAGCUUGGCUCUGGAUCUCAAACUCAUUCAUUCCUGCAACCUGGUCAAGGUGACUCUUCUAAGGCGAAGUGAUCCGGAGGGGUCAGGAGGAGGUCGGGAGGCCGAGGGAGCGCGGCCCGUCCCUCUGGCCCAGCAGGUGGGUGGUCAGAUGCCUGAGGGAAGCCACUGGGCCAGUGUUAGCCUGCGGGCGUCCUUCCAGGUUCAUAACGGCACAGCGGUGUUCUUCACACUGGACUGUGUACGCGGAAGAGUCAACCAGAUCAGCUACCAAACAGGAAGUGGAGUGUCAAUCCUCUGGGUGGCAGCAUAACAUAAGAAACUUGACCAUGUUGUUUUUAUAUGGUUUCCAGUCAAAUAGACCAGAUGUUAAGCCAUUUAUAGGAUGGACUAGUUUCAUUGGUUUGAUUUUAGAGGAAUAAUUUGACAUUUUGGGAGAGACGCUUAUUUGCUUUCUUGCUGGGAGUUAAGAUCUUUGCACACCAAGUCCAUUUUUUUCCUAUGCACCAUCUGAUAAAAGUUGUUACGCACAGAAACCUUGCACACUGUUUUAUUAUUCUAUUCAUUGUGAAAAUUCGCAGUACAAAACAAUAUAAUUACUUAUGUGGGUGCGAUGGGUAGUCCCAAACGGGGCUAAUGAAUGAAUGACAUUAGCAAGAAGCUUUUGUUUGUUUUGCGACUAUCCUCGAUUCCAAGCUCUUCUACAAUCAUUUGUCACCAUCUGUCUUUAAAUUCUGCAUCUCUUUAUUCUUUUAUUUCUUUAUCGUAAAGUCCUUUGUGCUGGUAGACGAAGUGAAUCAUUUUAUCAGAUGACAUUUUGGAUGAUGACGUCUGCAUGGACGGUGGCUCUGAGUGGUCAAACAACCCUCUUAUGGCUUUUGACAGAUUAAAAUAAAACGCAGAAAAUCAAACUUGUUCCAAAAACUUUAAUGUCGGACGAAAGUUUCGGAGUCGGUGAUUGACACAAUGUGAGGUCGUAUUUAUUUUUAAACGUGCGACAAUUUUGGAUGAAAAAUACUGACUUGGUGUGCAAAGGCCCUUAGAUGAUAUUAUUAAUACCACUCUCAUAUCUGUCUGUUGAAUAUGAAGCUACAGACAGCAGCCUGUUAGUUUAGCAUAACGAUUAGAAACGGGGAAACGGCUAGUUUGGCUCAGUCCAAAAGUAACAAAAUACAGCUAUUAGAAGUAAAACUCACCAAUAAACACGUUACAUCUUGCUAGCUUAAUCUGUAAAAAUAGAAAAGUUGAGGUUUUAUGCCUGGCUAGAUGCUUCCCUUUGCCCCCAGCCUUUGUGCUAAGCUAACGGUCUCCUGGCUGUAGUUUAAUGGACAGAUGUGAGAGCGAUUCUUAUUGUCUAACUUUCAGAAAGAAGGUGAAUAAGCAUAUUUACCAAACUUUGAGCUAUUCCAUUAAGCUGCUUAAUCUCGUAGUGAGUAGCCUACAGCUAAUAUGACUUUUAAAAAUAUAUAUAUUUGUUUAAAAAAAAGCUCAGAUAUGACUUUUAUUUAAAAAAGGGUUGCAUUAUGCAUCAGUCAUUGUAUUUAUAUGCAAGUAGGCAAUUAGUAAGCGAUUGUGUAAUGAUUUCUACCGGCUCAAAACUAUUUUCUCACGCUUGAGUUUUCUGCUUUUUUCAUGUUCAGAAAUUCCAUGUGCUGCACUUCUGUCUUUUAUUUAAUUCAGUUAUUUUGUUGAUGCCAAAGGACCUUCUGCUCAUCCCCAAUGUGACUACAGCAUUUUCUGCUGUCACCAUAAGCGGUUCGCUGCCGCUGGCUUCAUUCAGGAUUGUGUUUUUUAAGAGCAUGUGUUUCAUGUUAGCCGCCAUUUUCUAAUGUGAAUAUCUACUGCAUGCCUUGUUUAAUGACCACUUUCUGCAUAUUAUGGACUUAAAGAGAGUCAUGUGUUUCACUAUAAGGCCCAUAUGUUGACAUGAAACUGUCCUGGAGAGACGGCAUGCUAUCUAAAAAUGUAAACACCUUAAGAUAUAAUUACUGUUUACUCAAACUAAACUGUAAUUAAGUGUAUAUUUGAUGUUUUAUAUUAAAUCCAAUAAAGAUAAAAUUGUUUUGCCGGA